AUGGGCAGUAGUGAGAUGCUUCAAGUCAGAAAGUAUCCUGCAAUGUCAAUGAUGGCUUGUGGUGAAUCCUGGGGUCGUAAAGUAAUGUAUAAUGAAUGUAGGGUCCCUGGGUGCAUCUACCACUACAUACCUGUUACAUCAGCAGCAUCUCAGACAAGCGUUAACCACCAUUUGACAACCUGCUCAGGAGAGGCUGUGGCUUGCACUGCAGGUUUCUGUGGUAGAGUGCUGUCAGAAGGAGUUCGUUUCACAGUAGGAGAAGAAGAUGAUCAUGAAACCCACCCACUUUUUAGUGAGCUGGUGGAGCUACAUCAGGAAGGCGAAGAGUUUGAAUGGCGUGAGACUGCAAGGUGGGUUAAGUUCGAAGAGGAUGUUGAAGAAGGUGGAAACAGGUGGUCGAAACCUCAUGUGGCCACUAUUUCAUUGCAUUCUCUGCUUGAGCUUCGAAACUACAUUCUAAACGGAUCUGUUUUGUUGGACGUGGAAGCUGUUAGCUUGAACAAACUUGUAGAUGUUGUUGUAGAAUCUUUGGUUAAUACAAAUCAGCUUAAAGUGGAGUUGCUAGAUGAAGUGAAGAAAGCGAUUCUACAUCGCCACCGACAUCAAUAUGAACGUCGUCAUUCAACCGAUAUCAGAGGUUCUAGGCUGCCUCUUAUACACUCACUCACAGAUAGUGAGCGAUUGUCUAGUAAAAACGUCUUCGGAUUAAACACAGAUGAACGAAAUAUACAAGAAAGUCCAAGCGAAACAUCCCUUCACGUUUAUGCUCCACACCCUUGCCUAGCUCAUGCAGGUUCUACUCUUACAGACACUCGAACAGCUAACACGAGCUCCAACGAAUUGCAGCAUAAGGUGAACCAGGGGUUUAUGAAGAAAAUUCUUCCUGGCUCAGAGGCUUCUAACAUUCUAAUUGGCGAGGUUGAUUUUCUAGAAGAAGAGUUUAUGGCUUUUGUUCGUCUUCAGAAUGCUACUGACCUAGGUGACCUCACUGAGGUUCCAGUGCCAACACGCUUUCUGUUUGUGAUGCUUGGGCCUAAGGGGAAUCUUUGGUGUUACCACGAGAUUGGGCGUGCUAUGGCAACCUUGUUGUCCGAUGAGGUAUUUCAUGGUGUUGCAUACAAAGCAAAAAAUCGUGAAGAUCUAUUGGCAGGUAUCGACGAGUUCCUUGAUGCUGUAACAGUGUUGCCUCCUGGUGGCUGGGAUCCAAACAUAAGAAUUGAGCCACCGUUAAAUGUGCCAACACAGGAGGCUAGGAGAAAGUCCGUAGAUCAAGACAGAGAAAUCGACCUUGAACUCGAAGAAGAAGAAGAGGAGAAGAUGAGAGAAGCAAAUGGCCUGAAACGGACAGGAAGGUAAGCUAUCAUUGCUUAUUGUGCAGGAUUUAUUUUUCAACAUUAUUAUUAAUAACAUUACGUUCCACAA